AUGGAAGGCCACGUCGAAGACCAGCCCCAGGAAUUCGUCAUCAGGCUGUACAAGCCUCCAUGCGGCCAUCUCCACCUCCCUACUCCAUUUGCACGGGUAAUGGAGCUCGAACUGCCGCGCGCACUGAGGCUGCACAUGAGGGGUCGUCGGAAUGGCGGCAGGUGGGUGGAUGUUGACUUCCCUGCUCCUCAUGUUAUGUACCUCCGCCGUGGUUGGAAGACUUUUGCUCGAGCCCAUAGCUUGUUGGAGGGGCACGUUCUCCAGUUUAAAUUAAUGGAGAGCGGCCUGCUUUCUGUCAAGAUUUUUGAGCGCUCGGGAGCUUGCUUAGGGUGCUGCGUGGAGAUCUCGACCGACGAUGAAAGCUCCUCCUCGAGCGAAGUUGACGAGGAGGACAGUGACGGCGGCGACCGGGAGGGCGACGACUCUGACUCCGGCUGA